AUGCUUUUGGAAGCACCUGGACGAAUGCCUAAUUAUGCCAAGUUCAUGAAGGACAUCAUUUCUAAGAGGCGUGACAUCGACACUAACCUGAUUAUUCUAGCCGAAACUGGUAGUGCUAUUUUGAAGGGUAUGAAGAUCCCAAUGAAGAAGAAAGAUCAAGGAGCGGUCACUAUUCCUUGUACCAUUGGAGAGCGGUCAUUCAAAAAGGCUCUUAUUGACCUAGGAGAAAGUGUGAGUCUCAUGCCGUUAUCCAUUUACAAGAAGCUUGGUAUAGGGGUUGUGCAAGAUACCAUGAUGACACUCCAAUUCACCGAUCAUUUGGUCAAGAAACCCUAUGGUAUUGUUGAAGAUGUUUUGGUGAAAAUUGACAAGUUUGUAUUCCCGGUGGAUUUCGUGAUUCUAGAAAUGCCUGAAGAUGAAGACAUCUCUCUCAUUCUUGGGAGACCCUUUUUAGAGACGCGAAGAUGCUUGAUCAACAUAGAAGAAGGGACUAUGACGUUGAAGGUUUAUGAUGAGGAAUUAAAGAUUGUUGUUUGA